UGCCCCCGGACCUGACCCCCGAGGAGCGGCUGGAGCUGGAGAACAUCCGGCGGCGGAAACAAGAGCUGCUGGUGGAAAUCCAGCGGCUGCGGGAUGAGCUGAGCGAGGCCAUGAACGAGGUGGAGGGUCUGGAGGCAAAUGAGGGCAGCAAAACCCUUCAGAGGAACCGGAAGAUAGGGAUGGGCCGCAAGAAAUUCAACAUGGAUCCUAAAAAGGGCAUCCAGUUCCUGGUGGAGAAUGAGCUGCUGCACAACACGCCCGAGGAGAUCGCCCGGUUCCUCUACAAGGGGGAGGGGCUCAACAAGACGGCCAUCGGGGACUACCUGGGGGAGAGGGAGGACUUCAACAUCGCCGUGCUACACGCCUUCGUCGACCUGCACGAGUUCACUGACCUCAACCUGGUGCAGGCGCUGCGGCAGUUCCUAUGGAGCUUCCGCCUGCCCGGGGAGGCCCAGAAGAUCGACCGCAUGAUGGAGGCCUUUGCCCAGCGUUACUGUCUCUGCAACCCCGGCGUCUUCCAGUCCACAGACACCUGCUACGUGCUCUCCUUCGCUGUCAUCAUGCUGAACACGAGUCUCCACAACCCCAACGUACGGGACAAACCCACUGUGGAGAGAUUCAUCACCAUGAACCGGGGCAUCAACGACGGAGGCGACCUGCCCGAGGAGCUGCUGCGGAACCUGUACGACAGCAUCCGGAACGAGCCGUUCAAGAUCCCAGAGGAUGACGGGAAUGACCUGACCCACACGUUCUUCAACCCGGACCGGGAGGGCUGGCUGCUUAAGCUGGGCGGGCGCGUGAAAACGUGGAAAAGACGCUGGUUCAUUCUGACUGACAACUGCCUGUACUACUUCGAGUACACCACGGACAAGGAGCCGCGGGGGAUCAUCCCACUGGAGAACCUGAGCAUCCGGGAGGUGGAGGACCCCCGUAAGCCGAACUGCUUUGAGCUCUACAUUCCCAACAACAAGGGCCAGCUGAUCAAGGCCUGCAAGACGGAGGCCGACGGGCGGGUGGUGGAAGGGAACCACAUGGUCUAUCGCAUCUCGGCCCCCACGCAGGAGGAGAAGGACGAGUGGAUCAAAUCCAUCAAGGCUGCUGUCAGCGUGGACCCCUUCUACGAGAUGCUGGCCGCUCGCAAGAAGCGCAUCUCGGUCAAGAAGAAACAGGAGCAGGCGUGAGCCAGGCCAGCCACCAGGCUGCCUUUCUGUGCCCCCCCCAACCCACUUCCCUCGGCUCCGCUGAAACUGACACCCCCCUGGGCCGGGGGCCUAGCCACGGACAGACAGAUGGACAGAGCAUCACUGACUUCCCCUCCCCCAGCAUCUGUGUGUACCCUGAUCUGUCUUCCGACAUCCUCCCAGUCACACUACUUGGGAUACAGUCCCUCUCCAGGAGCCACUGGGUACCAUGGGCCAGCAAGCCUCUCCCCGCCUGUGGGGGCUGCGGCCUGGGGCCUCUGCCAUGCCAUUGGCUCAGGACCUUGCACCAGAUUCUGAUCAGGAGUGACUCCAGAUUGACCCUGGGGGAGCAGAGAUCAGAAUCCAAACCUGCCCCCAUUGCAAACAGGAGUGACUCUGGAUUGACUUUGGGGGAACUGAGAUUAGAAUCCGGCCCUGCCCACAUUGCAAACAGGAGUGACUCUGGAUCGACCUUGGGGGAACUGAGAUUAGAAUCCGGCCCUCCCGACAUUGCAAACAGGAGUGACUCCGUAUUGACCCAGGCCCUGACUCCAUAUCUUCAGCACUUUCCUUCACGGGUCUCUGGAUUUUCACUGGCUGACACCAGGCUCCCGUCUACACUAAUCAGCCCCGAGGUGCAAUAAGCUCUUGCCUGGCAACCCCUGAGACAACCGUCCCUCCCCUCCCCUUCCAGCUGGCUGGGAAUUUACCCACAAUGCUGUGCUCCUACCAUGGCGCUGGGCACCAGGAGCUAGCAGCGUCCCAGGGUGCACUGGGGCAGCUGCGCUGUUGCCUUUGGGGUCUCCCUUCCCCCCACAAUUCCAGCAGCACGAGGCAUGGGGGGGGGCAUUCCCAGGUGGCAUUGCCCCCCCCCCCCCCCGGCAAUGCCAGCUGGCCCUCUGCAGUGCCCCCUGGCAGCCAGCAGGGAGAACGGGAGUUCUUCCCUCCUCGGGGCAGCCAGGGAGGGGGGAUUUUAGCCAGCCCCCUGGCCUGCCCCUCACCAGCUAAUUUUUAAAUCUUCCCACAGGGGGGAUUCCCCCCCCCCCCCCCCAAGUACACACUAUUGGUCCUAGAGCUUGGGGGCCAUCCGGAGCCUCCCCAUUUUAAUGCACUCCUCCUGGGCUCCAGGAACGUACACUACAGACGGGGGGGCGUAUGGGGAGCACCCCCUCCAAAGUCGAAAGCCAUUUGCUUUCGCCUGCUGUGGAAUCUCGUCCUUCUGAUUACUCUUCUGCCGUCGCCACCGGGAGCAGAUGUGGGGCUGCCCCACCGGGACCAAUCUCUGUGCCCCCUCCCCACCACCACCUUUCCGGCUCAGCUAUCGCGGGGUGGCCUGGGAGAGCCCCCCGGCUCGUCAGCAACCGCGUGGCAACAGGACCAAGCCAGCGGGACCCAUCUCCUCCCAUGCCUGGGACCCCUGAACUUGCUGCCUCCUCCCGGCGCAGGGGGAUUUCACCCCACCCCGGGCGCUGGUGUGGACAGAGGGGAACCGGCGCCAGCCCCGUGCCCGCCCCAGGACUCCAGGGCGGGUUCAGGUUUUUGUAAUUAUUAUUUAAGGAUUUAAUGGAUGCAACUUUCAAUGGAAUUAAAACACUACAGUCUUGAGUACAA